AUGGCCCCAAAACGAAAGCGAACUGAUGAUGCCGGCCCAGCAAAACCCAAGAAGCCUAAAACGAACGCUCCGCCUCCGGGUCCACAAGCACAAGAUGUUCAACAGGGCUCCCAAAGCAUUGCGGUCGCACCAACAGCACCCUCCCAAUCUGCGACUGCUCAGCCCGCCUUCAUUGCGCCGCCAACCGCACAGGUUCAGCCUAGGAGUGCCGCUCCAACCAGAAAGACCAAGCAGACCGAUGUCGCGGGUCCAUCGAAAUCCAGAAAGCCCAGGACUAAACCUGCCGCUCCACAACCAGAGAAAAGCCAAGCGGCUGCAGAAGCCACAACGACGGCUCCAACCGCUCCUGCUCAAUCCGCCACAGUUCAAUCCGUUUCCACCACGCAAUCCGUAGCCGAAGCUCAAACUCAGCGCAGUGCUCCAGCACUGCCAGUAGCUGCUAAGAGAGCUAGCGACGACGAUUGGAGUCAUUGGACGCUCGAGCAGCAGAUUGACCGGGAAGUCGUUGCGAGAGAGAUAGCAGCAAGAUCCACGUUCAUCGAACAAGGAACCCUGGCUUAUCCGAAUCAGGUAUAUCUUGAUUCAGGGGUACGGGCUGCGAUUAUCGAUCUGGCUGUGCAAGCAGGAGUAGAACGCCGACUUGAAGAGCGGCAGCAGGAAAAGGCACGGAAAGAGGCGGAGGAGGCGGCGAAACAGGCAAAGAAGGCACAGGGCAAGGCGGAUAAGUUGGCUGCUAAGGCGCAAGGAACGAAAAAGAGUACGAGAAAAGGAGCGGGUAGAGCGAACGCAAAGGGCAAAAAGAAGGCAGGAGAUAAUGAGCAGGCAGAUGGAGAUGAGAAGGCAGAAGCCAAAGACAAAGAAGUAGCCGAGGAACAGUCGAAAGGCAAAGACGCUGCAGGGGGCGACAAUAUGAACGGGGACCAGAGGACAGGAGAAGAGGAAGAGGAUCCAGUCCCCAAAGACACUGUGCCCACGAGAGUCUGGAUUGUCAUAGAUCCUCAAGAGUUCUAUACGCUGUACGGGAAAAAGGAUGAUCACCCAAUCGACCACGCUCCAAUACCCAAAUACAGGAUACAGCAAGAAAUCAGACUACCUGACCAUAAGGAGGGGCUUGAUCGGGCGACGCUGAUGAAGUAUUCUCGAGAAGCCUAUGACUUUUUUAUUAGGAAUCCUAGUGCUACAGAAUUGCACCUUCCUGUCAGGCAUCCAGAUGUUUAUUCUCGCUCCGGCGAGCAAGUCGCAUAUAUUGGUCCAGGGGCAAUGAGAGACCACAUCAUCCCCUGGUUGUCAGAUCGGGAGAGGGAGAAAGCUGCGAAUAAAAAGUGUAACAAAAAAUCUGGAACUGAAAAGCACGGCAAGGAUAACGGUAGCAGCCCGUCCUCCAUUCCAGCUCUUCCACCGAUCCCCAUUCCCGAUGGCCUGGAGGACAAAAUACACCUCUACAACACCAUGCUCCAGCUUGCGAUGCCCAGGAGGCUACAACACGAACUUAUCAAAGCGCUCUGCAGACAAAUAUACUGCACAGAACUAGUUCAAGACGGGAAACAACGGUCUCCGCACCUGGAGCUGCUCGAGAUGACCAUCGGCCGUAUGUGCUCGAGAACGGUCGCAGUUCUCGAUCCCGUACUGUGCUGUCUUGCCGGCUCCUUCGGGCGCCGUGAGCAGAGAGAGAGAAACUUAAUCGUGCCGCGCCCAGCCCCCACGGCAGAACAAACUACGGAAAAUGCAGAUGGAGACUCGGCGAACGUGCAGCAGAGGCUCAUCCAUGAGUCUGGACUACUCAGAUAUGGCCUCGUCGAGGUCAACCGAACAAAUCGGACGGGUCAAGAUCCUUUACCAAGAGACACCAUCAUCCGGCCACCGAAGCUCCCGGUCAUUGGGCAUAGUUUUCGCAAUUGGUCAGGGGUGCGUCGGGAUGGCGAGGACGGGCGUGUGAAGCCUACUUAUCCUCUAGAUCCUCUCGAUCCUCUCGGUCCUCUCGGUCCUCUCGAUCCUCUCGAUGUUGAAAAGAGAGCUUAUGGCUACUUUAACGUAGACGAUGGACAACUUCGUGAACCACCUGAUAAUGCAAACGACUAUGGGAACCCUAAUCUCAACAGAAGAAGAUUUGCAGAUAGGCCCGUAAAACCAUACGAGACGCGUGACUAUUUGGAGCGAGUGAGGAAUCUCAAAAAGGGUCCUGGGCAACCAGCUCAAGAAUAA